AUGAAACUAGUUUUCUCCAUGGGAGGCAAACAAUCACAGCCUCUCAAAGUUACAAACUUUUUCAGGAUAACCCAUCAGUCACUAAACUAUCAAGUAACCUUAGAUUCAUCUCCCCAGCCUGAAAUCAAAUCAGCUUCCUCGGCUUCAAAGUACGUCCAUUUUGAAUCCCCUGAAAAACCUGACUCUUUCAUUGCUUUUUUUGAAAAGCAGGGCUUUUCCAAAACCCAAAUCACAAACCUCAUCAAAAGACAGCCAAUUCUGCUUGUAUAUGAUACCGAGAAAACCCUUUUGCCCAAACUAGAGUUUCUUUACUCUGUGGGGUUUUCAAGGCCUGACCUUGCCAAACUCUUGACUAAUUACCCAACACUUUUGAGAGCUAGUUUAGAGAAACAAAUUAUCCCUUCGUUUAAUUUUCUAAGGAACCUUUUUCAAUCCAAUGACAAGACCAUAAAAGCAACAAAACGGUUUACAGGUAUUCUUGUUUAUAAUUGUGAGUCACAUCUGUUUCCAAAUAUGAAUAUUUUGAGAGGAAAUGGAGUCCUUGAAUCAAAUAUUGUUACAAUGUUUCACCGUCAGCCUAGAUCACUUAUAUGUGAUCUGGCUCGGUUUAAGGAGAUUGUGGAGGAAAUCAAAAGAAUGGGGAUUGAUUCUUCGAGACUGAAGUUUGUUGAAGCGGCUAUUGCAUUGAGAUCAAUGAGCAAAUCCACAUUAGAGAAGAAGUUUGAUGUUUAUAGGAGAUGGGGUUGGUCUGACCAAGAGAUAUUUGAAGCUUUUCAAAAGUAUCCCUCAUGUAUGAAAGUUUCUGAGGUCAAGAUCAUGGCUAUAAUGGAUUUUCUUGUGAACAAAAUGGGUUUCAAUUCUACUCUUGUUGCCAAACAAUCAAGCAUUCUUAGUCGUAGCUUGGAGAAGAGAAUUGUUCCGAGGGCUCUGUUUGUGCAAGAAUUAUCACAAGUUUUUAACUACUAUAAUUCUGCUGGUAGCCACCACUAGCUGCCCAGUAUAGGGAGAGUGGGAAAUAGAGAAAACGAGGUUAUAACCUUCUAGGUUUACAUUGGUCUUAGUGGUGUUGGAUUGAGGACAAACAGCAAAUCCACAUGGGAGAGGAAGUUUAGUGUUUAUAUUACGUGUGGUUGGAUUGGUGCACAGAGUUUUCUAGCUUUCGGAGGUGUCCCUUGUAUUUGACAGCAUCUGAGAAAAAGUUUAUGGCUAUAAUAUAUUUCUUGUAAAAAAAAUGGAGCUUGACAAAGUCCUGUCACUAUAUCUUGUU